UCCCUGCAAUCAUAAUUUUGCUUGAUGACAUCAUAAUAGCUCCUUAAAUGUGUCAGAACCCAUAACUGCAAGUGGUAGACAACUUUUUUUUUGGGGAGGUGUUGACAUCCUCCAUCUUAUUUGACCAAUGAGGCGAUAUAAUUGGCAUCUGGGUUGUAUUAGGCAGUUAUAAAGUUUAUGGUGGCUUCGGGUAGGGCACUGUGUAAAACCCAUAAUACUGAUUAUACUGUGAAGUGCCAUUGGGUAUGUAGAUUGCUCUCAGAAGUCAGUUUUCCAGAGUCCAGGAAUAGUUUGGCAGCUGCUCUUGGACUUGUAUGAGCUUAUGGUUGUUUGGGAUGGAUGUGAAUUGAUGUUGGUGGACAUUUCUCCUUCAAGUCUACUUUGGGAACUUCCUAAGGAUGUGGAGCAAGCAAACGGUUGCCACCAUGAUGGUCUCCUGCACCAUGGAUGUACAAAGAAGGAUUGCCUUACUGGAGAUGAUUUCAUGCUGGUGAAGGUCUGAGGAAGGACUACAUUUGUGCGCCUGGGGCUCCUUUGGAUGGUUCUUCUUUAAGGAUUGCUUGUAUUUUUCCUCUGGGGCACCAGCAAUUCACAGCUAAUGACAACCACAUUGAGAAGGGGGAAGGCUCCUCCACAGUUUUGGAACGUGGAUUUCUGGAAAUGAGAGCUGGAUUCCGGGGCUCGCUCAGGAUUUGGGAAUUGUUAUCCAAGUGCACCGACAUCAAUGUUCAAAUUGUAUGAUCUCAUUUCAAUUAUAUUUCUGAAAACGCUCAGAUAACACGGAUUACUUAAUAAUAUUUGGAAUUCUUGGGUAUACCUUGAAAAAUAGAACGGAAGAGUGUUUCCGGAAAAAUGGCGUGUGCCCUAAGGACAUCCCUAAUUUUGGGAUGCUUCCUACUUAUUGCUCCAUUGUAUUCUUAUGGUACGAACCCCUUGCCGAUGCUCUUUCCAGAAAAGGAAGAGAUGGUAGAACAGUUACACAAUUCCUUUUUAAUACGCUGCAGUGGUGAGAGUGAGCUGAACUGGCAUUAUCCCACAAAGGAGGAUGGUGAUGACAAUCUAGACAUCCGACAUGAAGAAAACAACAGCGGACUCUUUGAGUCAGUGCUAGAAGUGAAGAACACAUCUGCAUAUCACACAGGAGUUUACACCUGUUAUUACAAUCAAACCCAGACAGAUGACUAUGAGAUUGAAGGCAUGGACAUGUAUAUUUAUGUUCCAGAUCCCACAGUUCCCUUUGUUCCAUCUGCUAUGCUUGACCACAUUAUUGUAGUGGAAGAAGAUGAAUCUGCUAUCAUUCCUUGUCGGACAACUGAUCCCAACAGCCAAGUGACACUGAGAAACAAAGAUAUGGAAAAGAAUGUCAAUGCCUUCUAUGACAGCAAGCAAGGUUUUGUUGGCAAUUUCAUAUCAGGUGUCUACAUUUGUGAAACCAUGGUAAAUGGGGUGCUCUUCAAAACCGAUGAUUACAACUUACAGACAUGGAAAGCCAAUAUAAACAUUAGCGUGGAAAUGCAAGCCCCAAAAACAGUUUUCAGAACGGGUGAAACCAUCAUUAUUUCUUGCAUCGUCCUAGAUAAUGAGGUGGUUGACCUGCAGUGGAAUUACCCAGGAAAGCAGAGAAAAACUGGCACUAUAAAAGUUGAAGAAAGCAAGAAGCCUCUGAUAAGACUGGAAUAUACACUGACCAUCCCAAAUGUUACAGAAAAGGAUUCUGGGGAAUAUGAAUGUGCAGUCAUUCCUGCUACAGGAGAAGACAAAGAAGUACAGAAAGUUAAUGUUACAGUUCAUGAAAAAGGAUUUGUAACACUAAACCCUAAGUUUAGACUGCUGGAAUUUGCAAAUCUCCAUGAAGUAAAAGCUUUUUCUGUGGAGGUGGAGGCGUACCCAGCACCAACGGUUUUAUGGUUAAAGGACAAUGCCACCCUCAACGACAGCAUGACAGAGAUCACCAUGAGCAUCUUCAGGAGCGAGGAAGCUAAAUAUUCAAGUAGAUUGAACCUCAUCCGUGUCAAAGAGGAGGAUGGCGGUGUGUACACACUUGUAGUUCAGAAUGACGCAGAAACUAAAACAACUUCAUUUGAGCUGCAAAUUAAAGUCCCUGCUUUGAUAUUACAACUAGUGGAUGAUCACCAUGGCUCAUCUGGUCAGCAAACCGUGGAGUGUCUAGCUAAAGGAAUGCCCAUUCCAGAUGUGGAAUGGUUGGUUUGCAGGGAUAUAAAAAGGUGUAAUAAUGACAGCUCCUGGUCUGUUUUGGUAACCAAUGGUACAGAAAUCAGCAUCGAGACUCAUCAAGACAAUGAGAACACAGUGGAGAGUCAAGUGAUUUUCAAGAAGGUGGAGGAGACUGUAGCAAUCCGGUGUAUAGCAAAGAAUGAUCUCGGGGUUGUUGCAAGAGAGCUGAAAUUGGUUGCUCCUACCCUACGCUCAGAACUGACAGUGGCAGCUGCGGUGCUCGUUCUCCUUGUGAUUGUUAUCAUAUCACUCAUAGUCCUAGUCAUCAUAUGGAAGCAGAAACCAAGAUAUGAGAUUAGAUGGCGAGUGAUUGAGUCCAUCAGCCCAGAUGGCCAUGAGUAUAUAUACGUAGACCCAAUGCAAUUGCCCUAUGACUCACGAUGGGAAUUUCCAAGAGAUGGCCUUGUUCUUGGUCGAAUACUUGGAUCUGGUGCCUUUGGAAAGGUAGUAGAAGGAGCUGCAUAUGGACUUAGCCGAUCACAGCCUGUGGUGAAAGUUGCUGUGAAAAUGCUUAAACCCACUGCCAGGUCCAGUGAGAAACAAGCUCUAAUGUCUGAACUGAAAAUCAUGACUCAUCUUGGACCUCAUUUAAACAUAGUGAACUUGUUAGCAGCAUGUACCAAGUCAGGACCUAUUUACAUAAUUACUGAAUAUUGCUUUUAUGGGGACCUGGUGAAUCAUCUGCAUAAAAACCGGGAUAGCUUUCAGAGUCGACAUCCAGAGAAGCUAAAGAAAGAUCUCGACAUCUUUGGCCUGAACCCAGUUGAUGAGAGCACCCGAAGGUAUGAAAACUAUGUAAUUUUAUCUUUUGAAAAUAAUGGUGAUUAUAUGGACAUGAAGCAAGUUGACAAUACCCAGUAUGUUCCAAUGCAUGAGAUGAACGAGGUGUCUAAGUAUUCUGAUAUUCAGAGGUCCUGGUAUGAUCGUCCAGCGUCUUACAAAAAGAGGCCCAUGUCAGAGGUAAAAAACCUUUUCUCAGAUGAGGGGUCUGAGGGUUUGACAAUGCUGGAUUUGCUAAGUUUUACCUACCAGGUUGCCAGAGGCAUGGAGUUCCUAGCUUCGAAAAAUUGUGUGCACCGUGACUUGGCAGCUCGAAAUGUUCUGCUGGCACAAGGAAAAAUAGUCAAGAUCUGUGACUUUGGUCUGGCCAGAGACAUCAUGCAUGACUCUAAUUAUGUUUCAAAGGGCAGCACUUUUCUUCCUGUAAAAUGGAUGGCACCAGAAAGCAUCUUUGAUAACCUCUACACAACCCUGAGUGACGUGUGGUCGUUUGGCAUUCUUCUUUGGGAAAUAUUUUCUCUUGGUGGAACACCAUACCCAGGGAUGGUCGUGGAUUCUUCAUUUUAUAACAAGAUCAAAAGUGGCUACAGAAUGGCAAAACCAGAGUAUGCUACCCAUGAAGUGUAUGACAUUAUGGUGAAAUGCUGGAACAGCGAGCCAGAGAAGAGACCUUCCUUCUACCAUCUGAGUGAAAUUGUUGAAAGUCUUCUACCUGCAGAGUAUAAAACGUGCUUUGAGAAGAUUCUCCAUGACUUCCUGAAAAGUGACCAUCCAGCUGUAACUCGUAUGGGUUGCGAAACUGACAAUUCCUACAUUGGGGUGACUUACAAGAAUGAGAACAAAAUGAAGGACAGAGAGAAUGUAUUUGAUGAACAAAGACUCAGUGCCGAUAGUGGUUACAUCAUCCCUCUUCCAGAUAUUGAUCCUGUAUCAGACGAUGAGUCAGGCAAGAGAAACAGACACAGUUCUCAAACAUCUGAAGAAAGUGCAAUUGAGACUGGAUCCAGCAGCUCGACUAUUGUCAAGAGAGAUGAUGAGACCAUUGAAGACAUUGAAAUGAUGGACGACAUUGGAAUAGAUUCUUCAGAUCUAGUUGAGGACAGUUUCCUCUAGAAUGCGUAUAUGAGCAUUCUUUCCCCUAAUCAUUCCAUGGAAAUAACAGGAGCAAGAGACAUGACAUCCAGGGAUUUCUAUUUUUUUACUCAGAAGACCACUUUAUUGCAAUGGACAAUAUGACAAGGAACUGUUAGCCUUGCCAACCACAUGGUACUUUCUCGGAAAUUUGUAUGCACCUAAAAAACAAGUAGGAACUGGAACCAAUGGC